UUCAAUUAAAAUUGUACAGAAGAAAAAGGAUUAUGUGAAUCAUUGCUAUAUUAAAUUUGUGUCUAAACUUUAACCCAAAGAAUGCAUUAGAUUAGGAAGACCAUGAGAGAAAAACAUGGCAAAAUAUCUUAAUUUUCUCAUAAGUAUGGGUAUAUACGUCAUAAUUUUUUUUGGAUACGAACUCAUACCUAUAGUUGAAACACGGAUUGGGUCGCGUUCUAUAGGUUGUGCAAUCCAAAAUCCAAACCCAACCCAAAAGAGGUGGGUUGUACAAAAGAAAACUCUCACCCAACCCAAAACCUUCGUUAUAGUGAUAAAUAUGGGUGGGUUGUGUUGGGUUGAACGGGUGGGUUGGUUUGUGGGUGCGUUUGUUCACCCCCUAACUAUACUCGUGAAUACCUGUUUGAAUCCGAAAAGAAUAGGAGUGCUAACUGUAAAAUUUAGGUAGCACAAAACCGGGUGUUCAAAUGGUUACCGUGUAAUAACCAAACCAAUUAAGUCUAAAUUUCAUUAACCAUGAAAUAAAAUGUCUUAACCAAACCGUCCAAAUUAACACGAAAACCAAAUUAACCAAACCAAAGUUUAAUUGGUUUGGUUAAUCGGAUUAACCAAAUAAUGUAACAUUACAUGAAACCAAUUAUCCUGUUAAUGAAUAAAACAUAAUCAUAUGUUAUUACUAUCAUAAACUAUCAUUAUAUAUAAGCAAUAAUAAUAAGACUAACCAUCCAUGAUUAUCAUCAUCAUUCGAGUUAAUACAUCAUUCAUUAUCUCUGCACCUAAUAUAGUUAGCUUACAACAAACCCUUAACAUAAAUAUUAAAUACAUACCAAUACACUCAUCAGGAAGUUAAAGCUCUCCUACAAAACACUUAAAUUAUACAAAAUUUGAGGUGGCAGUCAUGGUAUUGUACUUAAUCCUAAAGUCUAGUAGUUGUCCAUAAUGUUUUGGUUUAGUAAAUAGGCAGACCCAUUUAUUUUUUGACCCAUAAUGCUUUGGUUUGUUGUGCACAUGGAAGUAAAAUAGGGAAUCACGAAAGUUUGGUUUGGUUGGUUGCAUAGAAGUAUAAAUAAUUGUAUAUAUUAGGUGUAUCAUUAAUGGGUUAAUUGGUUUCAUUGGUUAGCAGUGUUGAAACCAAACCAAAUAAGCUAAAUUUUUUAACAAAACCAGACCAAUUAUCCAAAUUAACUGAAUGCUACUGGUUAAUAUGGUUACCACGGUAACCAAUCCGUUUGAACACCCCUAAUGGAAUAUAACGAGAGUGAAGAACAAAAGGGCUUUUGAUCAUUUUCCAAUGACCAGCUUCUGAACUCAAUAUUGAGCCCCAAGUUCGUUAUUCAAGUCAAUAAAGAACUUGUGAUAUUGAGAAACAAAGCAAGCAAAUGUAAAGGAUUGAAUCAAGUUAAAUCAGGUUACUAUCUUCUCACUAAUGAGUUCAAUGCUCGAGUUCAUCCUCCCAUGUUGCCUUUUGAUUGCAGAUUCUGGAAGUACUUAUGGACCUUGCCGGGUCCCCUAAGUUACGGAAUUUUGCCUGGCGAUUUGCUAGCGGCUUCCUGCCCAUUUUCACAGUGCUCCUCUGCAAGAAGCUGAUCACCUCCAUGACUUGCCAUGUUUGCUCGGUUGGUGAAGAAAAUUUACAGAACUGUUUUUCGGAAUGUCGGAUAGCAAUAGGUGUGUGGCGGCUAGCUAGGAAAGAACCUUUCCGACUACAACUAGCGGCCUUUGAUCAUACUAAUGCUUGGAAGAGUUAGGGAUAAGUUCUACGAAGUUAUCCCUAACUCUUCUCUUGCGAAUCUUUUGGCCUUGCUGGAUGCUUUGGACUGGUGCUUAACUCAUCAUUUUCUUGUGAUCUAAUGUAAUGGAAAUUUCCAUCAGGCUAAUUGGGUAUUGGCGGGAGACUCUAGAAAUGCUACGGGUGGAGUGAUUGGAGAGGAUAUUCGUAGGCUUGCAGGAUUUUUUGAGUUUUGUCCGUACUCGCAUGUUACUCUAAGAGUUAAUAGAGUAGCUCAUUUUGUGACCUAAAACGCUUUUUCAUCGGAAGUUCGACGAUUAGUCGGCUUUCACCCAUGUCUUUGUAUUGUUCUCUAACUAUGUAUCCGAGAAUUCGCCCGGUUUUGUCUGUUAAAAACAAUGUAAAGGAUUGAACAAGGACACGGUAUUUUUUGUUAACCGAGUUCAACCUAUUGUUCACGUUUUGGCUCAAUGUUGACUCACUCUUAACCCUUUAAGACCUAGUUGUCUAGGGUUUUGUCUUAUUCAUGUCUAAACUCUAAGUUGUGUUCCUUUGGGUGGAACUCAAACCUUUGACAAGAAAAGAGCAAUAUAAAACCUUCUCACUCCCUCAAUGGCUCAUGCUAAAGAGAGAAAUCUACACAAGCUUCUAACACCGAAGUAAUAUAGAGUGAACACCCAUCACUUCUCACACCUAUAGCUAAUCACUGAGUAAUUAUUCGUGCUUUGUGCACAAUUACUCUGCAAAAUUUGUGAGUUUGUCUUGUUGCUUUCUUCUAUUUAUACUAUUUUGUUUGGAAAUGGUCUCCCUUCAUCUUCCUUGAUUUGAGAAUAAUUUCUUGCACUCAAAUAUUUCCAACUAUGAUAAUAAAAAAAUUAGAGAUUAGAGCUAUUCGUUUUUAAAUUACCUUUCUUGAGUUUUAUUUUGCAAAAAAAAAGUUGUUCCAAAAAUCUCCCCCACUUUUCAUUUAUGCAACUUUAUACUUUUCCUAGAAAUUCUAGUCACCAUACACACACAACACACCGAUUUUAACUGAAAGUCAAAAGUAUUAAGGUCGUUAGGUAAGCAUGUAAUCUACCCACAGAUUUCAAGAUUACAUGAUAUUUGAGAUUUUACUGUUUCUCUUAUUUCAUUUUUGGACAGAUAUCACGAUAUUGGUGUACCAUGUAAUUCUAGAAUUCAUGUGCCCAUGAUAUUUCAAACUAUGUUGGUCCUACAAGGGGUGUUCAAAUGGAUUGGUUACCGUGGUAACCAUAUUAACCGGUAGCACUCGGUUAAUUUGGAUAAUUGGUCUGGUUUGGUUAAACAAUUUAGCUUAUUUGGUUUAUGUGGUUUGCUUUGGUUUCAACACUGUUGACCAAUGAAGCCAAUUAACCAAUUAAUGAUACACCUAAUAUACAAAAUUAUUUAUAUUUCCAUGCAACCAACCAAACCAAACUUUCGUGUUUUCCUAUUUUAUUUCCAUGUGCACAACAAAUUAAAGCAUUAUGGUUCAAAAAUUAAAUGAGUCUGCCUAUUUACUGAAUCAAAAUAUUUUGGACAACUACUAGACUUUAAGAUUACGGACAAUACCAUGACAGCCACCUAAAACUAUGUAUAGUUUAAGUGUUUUGCAUAAGAGCUUUAACUUCCUCAUGAGUGAUAUUGGUAUGUAUUUAAUAUUUGUGUUAAGGGUUUGUUGUAAGCUAACUAUAUUAGGUGCAGAGAUGAUGAAUGAUGUAUUAACUCGAAUGAUGAUGAUAAUCAUGGAUGGUUAGUCUUAUUAUUAUUGCUUAUAUAUAAUGAUAGUUUAUGAUAGUAAUAACAUAUGGUUAUGUUUUAUUCAUUAACAUGAUUAUUGUUUUCAUGUAAUGUUAUGUUAUUUGGUUAAUCCGAUUAACCAAACAAAUUAAACUUUGGUUAAUUUGGUUUUCGUGUUAAUUUGGACGGUUUGGUUAAGACAUUUUAUUCCAUGGUUAAUGAAAUUUGGGCUUAAUU